AUGUCGUGGGUGAACAAUUUGAAAAACUGGGAGCGAUUACACGAGUCACAAGAAUACAUGAAAAAGGUUUAUGGUGACCCGCAGGCUUACAUGAAAUUUGAAGAUCAAAAGUUUGUGACAGAAAGAGAGUUUUAUGGAGAGACCAAGUAUGGAGAAUGUUUUAAUUCUACAGAUUCAAGUGCACAGUGCGAGAUCAUUCAAGGUGAAUUCGAUCCUCGUCAACUCCCAUAUGAUCAACGAAUGAAAUGGCAUUUUCGAGAAUUUUGCUAUAAAACAUCGGCUCACGGAAUACCGAUGAUUGGCCAAGCACCAAAUCCAUAUUACAGAGCAGUCUGGGUUUGCCUAUUCUCAGCAUGUAUGGUCAUGUUAUUCAUCAAUGCACGCUCGGUUAUGGAGAAAUAUGAGAGAAAUGAGAAAAUCGUUGACAUCGCUCUCAAAUUUGACACAGCACCAUUUCCGGCAAUCACAAUUUGCAAUUUAAACCCCUACAAAGCCCAUUUAGCAAGCAAUGUGGAACUUGUGAGAAGAAUGUUGAAUGCCUAUAACGGAGCAAUGAGUUCUGCGGCGAACAAAGAUCAAGAGGCGAAAGAGCAACAACAAGAUGAGGAGAGUGAGCGAUCAAAAAGGGCAGCAAUUACCCAUGAAGACUUAAAGAAAAAAUGGAAAACCUUGGACAAAUAUCGAAUGCAAAGAGCUAAUUUGCAUCUCUUCGAAGUGGGUCUUUCAAGAUGUAAUUGUGAUGAAUCAGAAGAAGAAGAUGAGAAAAAUAAAGAUAAUGCUGAUGAAUAUGAAGAUGAAGAUGCAUUGGGAAUCACUCUGCCACCGGGAAAAAAGAUCAAUGAAUGCAAAGAGAGAAAAUAUGAAGAGCCAGAGGGUGAUGAUGAUCGGUGCUUAUGUGCAUUUGAUCGAAACACUGAGGAUGCUUGGCCUUGUUUCAAGAUUCCAGACUGGACCGAUGAACAGUGUGCCAGUUGUACGGCCGAUGCCAUUUGUCAGAAAAACUCAACAACAAAAGUGCGAAAGCGUCUGCCCUGCAAGUGCAAUCCACUUGGACAAUGUGUGGCUUAUGAUAAAACAGCGACUUUAUUGCAUAUCUGGCAAUACUUGGCUGGCGCACCACCAACUGAAGAUCCGAAUUUCAUUAAAGCCAUGGGAUUUGAGGGAAUGAAAGAUGAAGUGGCUAUUGUUACAAAAGCCAAAGAGAACAUUAUUUUCGUGAUGGCAGCUCUUCCAAUGGAUGAAAGAGAAAAACUAUCGACAUCGAAAAAGGAACUCAUUCAAAAAUGCUCAUUCAAUGGAGAAGCAUGUAGUGUUGAGGAAGAUUUUUUGACGGUUGUUGAUCCCAAUUUUGGUAAUUGUUUCACGUACAAUUACGAGAGAAAUGAUUCGAAAACAUCUAUUCGAGCUGGCCCAAUGUAUGGCCUUCGUAUGUUAGUCUACAUCAAUGCUUCUGAUUAUUUACCCACCACAGAAGCUACAGGAGUUCGGAUAACAAUCCAUGAGAAAGAAGAUUUUCCUUUUCCUGAUACAUUUGGUUACUCAGCUCCCACGGGUUAUAUUUCAUCUUUCGGUCUGAGAAUGCGUAAAAUGUCUCGUCUACCCGCUCCCUAUGGCGAUUGUACUCCAGAUGGGAAAACUUCUGCAUACAUUUAUCAAGAAUAUCAAUAUUCUGUUGAAGGCUGUUAUCGAACAUGUUUCCAAAAUCUUGUUCUCGAUGAAUGUGGCUGUGGUGAUCCACGAUUUCCUGUUCCAAAUGGAACCCAUUGCGAAGCAUUGAAUCCUGUUCAAAGAGAAUGUCUUGAUCGAAAAGUGGGAGCCCUGCAAGAAUUGCACGGAUCGUUCAAAUGCCGAUGUCAACAACCAUGCGCUCAAAGCAUUUACACGGUAACAUAUUCUCCUGCAAAAUGGCCUUCACAAUCAUUGUCCCUUCAAUUGGGGUCAUGCAAUGGAACGGCUUUAGAAUGCAAUAAACAUUACAAAGAGAACGCAGCUAUGAUUGAAGUUUUCUAUGAACAACUCAACUAUGAAAUGCUCACAGAAUCUGAGGCUUACGGGUUAGUAAACUUGUUGGCCGAUUUUGGAGGACAAUUGGAUCCUGAUAUCAUA